AGCGCCUAAAUCACGGCCAGAAUUAUCGCGAGAAUAGUCAUCCAGCUACUGAGACUUGGAGUAGGCUGCGUGUUGCCUAUGCUAGCCAUUUAGAGCACAUUUACACUACUCCCAGGAUUCAAUUGUUCCUGUCUUGGCCACUAAAAAAUGUCCCCAAAAAGGAAGUCGGACGCGGUUGAAGAGGUGAAAGACGCUAAGAAAGUCAAAGUUUACCACAGGAGUCAUUGUAAGGAGGCGGGUCACGUUCUUGUUCUGGGCCAGGGUGAUGUUGGACAGCUGGGUUUAGGAGAGGACAUCAUGCAGAGGAAGAAGCCUGCUCUGUUGUCCCUACCUGAGAAAAUCGUGCAGGUGGUCGCUGGGGGUAUGCACACAGUGUGCCUCAGCGACGCUGGCGUGGUUUACACUUUUGGCUGCAAUGAUGAAAGGGCCCUUGGUCGAGACACGAUAGAAGUGGGCUCUGAGAUGACUCCAGGGAAGGUGGCGCUCGAGGAGAAAGUGGUCCAGGUGUCAGCAGGAGACAGUCAUACAGCUGCACUCACGGAGGAAGGAAACGUAUAUGUAUGGGGCACCUUCAGGGAUAGUAACGGCGUUAUAGGUCUCCUGGAUGCUUUGGAAACAACCGAUGUUCCAACUCAAGUCCCCUUGACAGAAACUGUCGUGAAAGUUGCAUCAGGCAAUGACCAUCUUGUAAUGGUGACCAUGGAGGGAAAUCUGUACACGUCAGGCACUGCUGAACAGGGGCAGCUAGGAAGGGUGCCCGAGCAAUUCUCAAAUAGGGGAGGAAGGAAAGGCCUCGAUCGUCUGUUGAUUCCUCAGAUGGUCAAAGUCAAAGGGAAAGUUCACUUCAUCGACGCCUUCUGCGGGGCCUACUUCACAUUUGCCUUGUCCAAAGACGGCCACGUAUAUGGUUUCGGCCUGUCCAACUAUCACCAGUUGGGCACAAAAAGCACGAAGAUGCAUUUUGUCCCUGUGAAACUGAGCUCCUUCAAAAAUUCGACCUCAACUUGGAUUGAUUUUUCUGGAGGACAGCACCACACUGUCUGCCUGGAUUCUGAAGGACAGGUGUACAGCCUGGGCAGAGCAGAGUAUGGGCGCCUUGGCCUUGGUGAAGAGGCUGCAGAGAAAAGCGAGCCCACAAUCGUCAGUGGGAUUGAACCAGCCAGCGGAGUGACAUGUGGGGCGUCUGUCAGUUUUGCUGUCACCAAAGAAGGGUGUGCAUACGCUUGGGGAAUGGGCACCAACCUACAACUUGGCACCGGGCAGGAAGAAGACGAGUGGAGCCCUGUGAAAAUGACUGGCAAGCAGCUGGAAAACUGUACAGUACUGAUGGUGUCCAGUGGGGGGCAGCACACAGUCCUUUUGGUCAAAGACAAACAGGAAAGCUGAUGAAGCUCCCAGGCAUGUAAUGAUGCUUCAGCCGUGUUCACUGUGCUUAAAAUUGGUGGUGGUGGUGGAGGAUGAUCAUUGAUGUCUUAUGGCGCCAUCAUGGUAGAGUAGAAGAGGUGAGGUCAGCUAAAUGACCCUUUUGAUGACGUGACUACAUGGUGGUAGAAAUUUUCAAUAUAUCAUGAUGAAAACAAAGCUAUUUUUUUAAAACCUUAUUCUUUAGAUUCCCUUUGUUGGGUUUUCAAUAAAAAGGCAGUAUGGCUGUGAGCUCGUGUGAGAUUUGACUAAGUGUGUACAUAAGAGCCUUUUUAAUUAGUUAAUACCCAGGCUAGACAUUUUAAGAAUUUUUUUUUCCCCCUACUUUUUUUCUUUCAUGGCAAUAAUUGCAUGGUGUUUGGUCCAGACAGGACAUUUAUGCCAAUUGAGCCUCUCAAGCUGCUGUCCAGAGAAGACACUCAAAUGAUUUUCAUUAUAAUUGGGUCAAUGUGCUGUAAUUUGCUACUGUUCUAGUCUGAGAAUAAAUUUAACCAUUUUACA